AUGCAAACAGACGUCAACCGAGUGCUGUGCACGGGGCUAGUGAAUAUGGGCAACACCUGCUACAUGAACAGCACCCUUCAGGCUCUUCUGCACAACUUUGAUCUUCGAGAGUUCUUUAUCGCCUAUGAUCCGCGCCAACGCCCGUGCAAAAAGAGCGGAAUCAACAAGCUCUUCUCCCAGCUCGUGAGGCAACUUUGCCAAGGGGAACAAGGUGCUGUAGAGCCUACUGCGUUAAGGCCACGCUUUUUUACGCCUCCCUCCAUCUUCUUCUUCUUCUUCCUCCUCCUCCUCUUCCUUCUAUUUCAUCCAUUUCUUAACGUCCUCUUUACCAAUGUUGGUUUUGGCAACCGGGAGGAAGGUGAUGCUUAA